CCGAAUUCCCAGUUGUUUUGAACGCGUCAUAGAAGGCAUAACUUUACUCAACAUAAAGGCAUUGCUUCUUGACUAAUACAUUUAUUUUGUUUUUUCUUCUAGGUAAAUUGUCGCACGUAUUGACAAAAACACUGACUUGCCAAAGUAGAUUCACAUGCAGGACGUCGUAUGUUUUCUACUGCUGCGUUCACGUACUAGUCUGAAUUAAGAAACGUUGUCAUUUUCUUACUUGCUACCUGGCUGUAAAUCAGAAAAGGCGGCACAUGUAAACAUACAAACAGUUAGCAGGAAGCAGUUGUUAUUCCACUAAAGUCCGAUCUGCACAACACGAAGCAGUGGUCGUUUAAAAUAUUGCUGAUCUGCUUUUCCACUGCCACCAUGGCCCAAAAGCUGGUAAUAAUCGACACAGAUGCAGGUAUAGAUGACGCCCAGGCGAUAAUGAUGGCCGCGGCCGCUCCAAGCCUGCAGAUCCUGGGGAUAACAUGCUGCUUCGGGAAUACUGAUGUGGACAACGUCUGUCAGAAUGUGCUGCUGGUGCUGUCUGUCUGUGAACACACACAGAUUCCAGUGUUCCAGGGUGCUGCUGGUCCCCUGGUGGGGGCCACCAAGGCUUUCAGCGACCACUUUGGGACUGACGGGCUGGGAGAUGUGCUGGAGGACAGAGACCCACAGUGGAAGGAGAAGGUCCAGAGAGAACACGCUGUUAAUGCCAUGAUCAGACUGGUAGCUGCCAACCCUAAACAGGUGUCCUUGGUGGCUCUUGGGCCGCUCACCAACCUGGCUCUAGCCAUCAGACUGGACCCUUCUUUCCAACAGAACCUGAAGGAGCUCGUCAUUAUGGGAGGUAACAUGGAGGGUAAAGGGAAUGUAUCUUUAUGUGGGGAGUUUAACUUUGUGAUGGAUCCUGAAUCUGCCUUCAUUGUCCUGGAGGAGUACCUCUGUCCUACACGCAUAGCAUCAUGGGAGUAUUGCUGUAGGAAUAAACUGGAAUGGGAAUUCUUUGAAAAACUGAUUAACGAGGACACGCCUGCUGGUCGCUUCAUGAAGACGAUCACGUCCAAGUGUUGGGGUUAUUCCAAGGAAGCCAUGCUGAGUAAGAGGGAUGUGUACUUCGGGCCUGGCUUUGUCUCCUACGAUGCUUACGCAGUGGCAGCGUGUAUAGACAGCUCUGUGGUGACAGAGAGUAUAGAGUGUGCCGUCAGGGUGGAACUACAGGGGGAGCUAUGCAGAGGGAUGAUGGUUCUUGAUCAGAGGAACAAGCUGAACAAAAGCCACCGUGUUUCUGUCAUGAAGACCUGUGAUCUGACCAAGUUCAGGCAGUUACUCAUGGCUUCCCUUAAACAACCCUGUAGGAAGUAGGCUACGAGACAGACCAACCUGAUGUCGGCCAUGCAAUGAACGGGGUUCACAGGAAGGAGACUAGAACAGUUAGUGCUGGCUUUUUAAAAAAAAUCUAUCUGCCAAAAAUAAUGGAUACAAAGUAUAUUGAAAGCAGGUGCGGUUCCUGAGUUAAUUAUCGUCCCAUUCUUCAAUGGGUUUUGAGAAGGAGAGGAUGCAGCAAUUGAGAUUCUCUAGGUCAAAUGGGAUGGCGGAUAUGAGGGUUUUAAGUGAGACUGCGCAUAACAGCGCCACCCGUGCCACUUUUUUUGUCCGUUUCUGUGCACCAAAUUAGGAAAAAAGUUACCAAUCUAUGCAGGAGUUGUUUGACAGUGUGAAGAAAAAAAUUAAACCAGAUAACAUGCUUCAACGUAAACCCAUUAUGACAGCUUAUGUUGUGGGGUCACAGACGAUAAGACGGCAAUCCCACAGCCAAAGUUUGUGUUGGUCCAUCUUCUCACAGCCUCUAGGGUGGACUGGCCCAGAGUCUGACAGAGACUUAUCAUACCUGUAUGUGUAAGACAUUGUAACUAACACAGACAACACACCAAACACUCAGGGCCUUUUUUUCACAUCUGAUUUGUACCGUUUAAUCAAAUAAAAUGCAUUUGAAUGAG